CAGGAACGGGCGCACCGGUACCGGCCCCGAGCCCGGCCCGCGGUACCGGGACCAUGGCGGGGCUGGAGCGGUGCCAGCGCGAGGCCGAGGAGGUGGCGGAGCUGAUGCGACAGAACGUGGCCAAGGCGCUGGAGCGGGAGGGACACCUGGAGGAGCUGCAGAGCCGGGCCCAGGACCUGCGACAGGCGAGCGAGGCCUUCACCCGCACCACGCGCACGGUGACGCGGCGCCAGCGCAGGCGACACCGGCGGUGGCACCUGGUGGCCCUCGGCCUCGGCCUCCUCCUCCUCUUCAUGCUGGGGCUGGCCCUGGCGCUGGCCCUGGCACGGUCAUCGCCCGGCACUGCCACCAGCACUGUCCCCACCCCGCCGGGGGGCACCAGGCACCCCCCCAGCACCGCGGGGACCCUGUGAGGACACAGCCCGAGGGACCACGGCGGACAAUAAAUAACGGCAAAGAAACAGCGGGGCUUUUGGGGACACCCACAGUGACAACAGGCAGUAUUGCCACCCUGCAGUGACACCAACACACCAGUGGGACAUCCUCCAGGAGACCCCACAACCAAUAAACUGCAAAAUCUGCUCUGGAGGGAGCCUACAACGAAAACCCAGCCAGCCCCACCCGAGGGAAACAGCACAGCAAGCACGGGAGCUCCCUGGGGAGACCUGAGAUCCCAAAGCACGAGGAUGGACUUCGGGGAGACCCUACAGCAAACACACACCAGGAUCUGCUUUGGGAUGGCCCUACAAGAACUAAGAAUCCAGAAUCUGAUACGAAGAUACCCCACAAGAAUAA